AGCAGUCUCCCCCUACCGUCACUGCUUCGGUCCGGCGAGCGAAUGUUCAGUAAACGCGCUACUGCUGCUGCUGCUGCUGCUGCUGCUGCUGGGAGAAGGCAUUACCGACAUUUCGUCUUUGACAGCCGACCGGAGACACCUCUCCCUCAGGAAACAUUUUCAUACGCCCACAAACCACAGUCCGGCGUCGCUGUUUGCUGUCCCAGCAGAGCGAGAAAAGGAAGAAAUAAGUCGUAGGCUCGGGUUUGCUCCGCAGGGCUAGCCAGAGCUGAGGGGAAGCAGAGACCCUGCCCUCCCUGAUCGGAGAGGGAAUCACGACCACAGCUCCUGCCGCACGGACCGCCUUUGCCUCCGUCAUGCAGACCUCGCUCCUUCUCCUCCUUUCCCCAAUCCUCGUCCUGUCCUUCCUCAUCCCCGCCUGCUCCUCCCAGAGCGAGGCAGACCUCACCGUUCAGACGCGCACCGGUCGAGUCCGCGGCUUCCGCACCCCUGUGACGGAACGAAGCUACGUCACCUCUUUCCUGGGCAUCCCCUUCGCCGAGCCGCCGGUAGGGAAGCUGCGUUUCCGUCGCGCUGAGCCCAAGCGUCCGUGGACGGGGGUGUACGACGCCAAUGCCUACCCCAACGCCUGCUUCCAGUUUGUUGACACGUCGUUCCCAGGCUUCCAGGGCACCGAGAUGUGGAACCCCAACAGAGAUAUGAGCGAGGACUGCCUGUACCUCAAUGUCUGGGUGCCCUCCUCACCCAGGCCGCACAAUCUCACCGUCAUGGUGUGGAUCUACGGCGGAGGGUUCUACAGUGGGUCCUCUUCUCUGGACGUGUACGAUGGCCGUUACCUAGCUCACAGUGAGACGGUCAUUGUGGUUUCCAUGAACUACCGGAUCGGUGCCUUCGGCUUCCUCGCUCUGCACGGCAGCUCUGAGGCUCCCGGCAACGUGGGUCUGCUGGACCAGAGGAUGGCACUGCAGUGGGUACAAGAUAACAUCCAUUUCUUUGGUGGAAACCCCAAACAGGUGACUAUCUUUGGUGAGAGUGCCGGUGCUGCUUCAGUUGGAUUCCACCUCUUGUCUCCAGACAGCCGGCAAACCUUCACCAGGGCCAUCCUCCAGAGCGGGGUCCCCAACUGUCCCUGGGCCUCGGUCAGCCCCGCAGAGGCCCGCAGACGGGCCACCUUGCUGGGCAAACUGGUUGGCUGCAACGGAGGCAACGACACCGAGCUGGUGGACUGUCUGCGCGGUAAAACUCCACAGGAGCUCAUUGACCAGGAGUGGCAGGUCCUGCCAUGGUCAGCCCUCUUCCGGUUUUCAUUCGUCCCUGUUGUGGAUGGUGAGGUUCUGCCAGACACUCCCGACGCCAUGCUCAGCUCUGGCAACUUUAAAGACACUCAGAUCCUGCUCGGGGUCAACCAGGAUGAGGGCUCCUACUUCCUGCUGUACGGAGCUCCGGGCUUCAGCAAGGACAACGACAGCCUGAUCUCCAGAGAGGACUUCCUGGAAGGUGUCAAGCUGAGCGUACCCCAUGCUAACGAUAUUGGCCUGGAGGCGGUGGUGCUGCAGUAUACUGACUGGAUGGAUGAGAAUAACGGGCUGAAGAACCGCGAGGCCAUGGACGACAUAGUGGGCGACCAUAACGUCAUCUGCCCACUGGCGCACUUUGCUCGCACCUACGCCCAGCACACUGCCCUCAAGACUAGCAUGGGAGGAGGGAUGAACAGUGGAGGAAACUCCCAAGGAGGGGUCUACCUCUACCUGUUUGACCACCGAGCGUCCAACCUGGCAUGGCCGGAGUGGAUGGGUGUGAUCCACGGCUACGAGAUUGAGUUUGUCUUCGGCCUGCCACUGGUGAAGAGACUCAACUACACCGUAGAGGAGGAGAAACUGAGCCAACGCAUGAUGAAAUACUGGGCCAACUUUGCACGAACUGGAAAUCCCAACGUGAACCAUGACGGGAUGGUGGAGAGCAAGAGGCGCUGGCCUGCGUUCACCGUCAGCGAGCAGAAACAUAUCGGACUUAACGCUGAAUCAGUGAAGGUCUACAAAGGUCUGAGGAACCAGAUGUGUGCUUUCUGGAACCGCUUCCUGCCACGCCUCCUCAACAUCACUGACAACAUAGACGAGGCGGAGCGCCAGUGGAAGGUGGAGUUCCAUCGCUGGUCCUCCUACAUGAUGCACUGGAAGAGCCAGUUUGACCACUACAGCAAGCAGGAGCGCUGCACCGAACUCUAAGAGACGAGAGAACGCCGGGCGGAGGGCAGAGAGAACAAGACGUGGCUGUUUUCCUCCAUAGCCCCUCAGUGAAGUCUAACUUCAUUUUUUUUCAAUUUUUUUUUUUCUUCCCUGUUUCAAUCCACACACAAACACAGGCACUGUUGAUCUUUAUUUGUAUUAUUUAUACUAUUUAUUUAUGUGUUGUAUUUUUUUUUUCAGGAAUUUGUGUGUGUCUCUGUGGAAAUGAAGGGCUAUGGAGGGAAGUUGUCAUCAACAUGUAGGAAUAUUAGAAAUGUCAAAGAUGUGUCAUUACCUCGUGUGUGUGUGUGCGUGUGUGUGUGUGUGUGUGUGUGUGUGUGUGUGUGUGUGUGGCUGUGUGUGUGUCCCAGUUUAUCUGAAACCUCGACAGGUCCAUGACACUGCACCACUGCUGGUUUACUGUUGACUCACUUGUCUUUGUGUUGAUCUCGUCAACUCAUCUUUUGUUUUCGGACGAUUCCUUUCUUUCCGACAUAUCAGGGUUUUUGGUUUUUUUUGGACUCAACAACACUGUUUUUUUUCUUCUGUUUUUUUUUUUCUGUCGAGGUUCAUUAUUAUGACCACUAUUCCCAUUACUGCUCGUGUUCUGCUUCACUUUGUCUUGUGUAUUUCUCAUGUGCUGGGUUACAUCCAUGUGUUUCUGUGUGCAAAGGCUCCAUGGAAAACCACUCCAUGCUAGUUUGAUUUGUUGGUUUGUAAGUGUCUGACAUUCAGCCCGACUGAUGUGCGCCUAAUUUACAAAAAGAGUUUCGGAAAUUCAAGAAUUUCAAAAGUUCACUUUAAAUCAGCUCGACGGGUGAACAGAAACAAGGCUUGUUAAUUGUAAUGGCACUCCUCAGGUUCGCCCUGGUCAGCAGUUUAGUGCCAUACCUGUCACUGUCUAAUUUGCAUAUCAGCGUAGAUAGAC